AUGUCGAAGAAAAAAGGUAAAAAAAAGGUGGGACUUUCCGACAAAGAUUUUACCAUAAAUGAUAGUGCAAAUGCCCCAAAAGCUAUCAGUCGGGUAAAAAAAUCUGUAGCUCCAGAUGUAAUUCCGGAAAAAACUUGGGAAGAUCUUGGUGAUGAUGAUUUUGAGAUAAUUGAAGAAGUGGAUGGUGAUGGUUUGAAAAACUUUGUAUACAAAAAGAAAAAGUCUUAUAAGCAAGGAGAGGAAUUCAGUACAAGUGAUGAAGGGAUAGUAUAUCCAGAAAUAGUUUGGUAUCUAAUAUCACCAUAUAUAAAACCAGAAGAUGUCGGCAGAUUUGCUUGUAUAAAUAAAACAACUUAUGCUAUUACAAAACGGGAAUCUUUCUGGAGGUCGCUGUACAGAAAAUAUUGUCAGGAUAAUAAGAAUUUGCCGGAAAAGCUUAUGAUUGAAAAUAAUAAUAAAAUAUAUGGUUUACGGCAGAGAGUUAUCCGAGGGUUGUAUUAUACAUAUGAAGUGUUUGUUCAUAGAACUUUACAACAAACUGUACAUGACGCCAAGCCUUACGAGCUCGUGAGUCGUAGGUGUGUCAAUGUAUGGUAUACUAGGGGCCAGAAGUAUUGGUAUGUGUACUUCAAACUCAAGAAAUGUAAUCUUCAGAGGAUGAAGAAUAAAGUGGACUUUUUUGAGGAGCUCGGCAGGAUUGAUGCCAAUCCAGAAGAAGACUCGCAGGUUUUGCAGGUGGUGUGUAAGGGAUUCCACGAAGUGCCUCCGCUAAUGGGUAUGACUCUAUCAUCAGUAAGGCUAGUUCUGUCUCGGGAGCUGGGACACCAUAGACUACAUCUGGGCUUUAAUUCUGGCAGUUAUAAUAUAUCUAGGAAUAUAAUUCCAGAACGUUCUGUAGUUAUAGACACAGUCAUCAGUACAAUCGUCUACGACUGGUGGCAGCCGAAAUAUCCACAUUUCGAGAACAGUCUGCCUUUAAACAGACGGGAUGAAGAAUCCUUGCCCGUUUUGAAAGAAAACUUCUUUGAUGUUAACAAUGACUUGUGA